UUUUUCUCUUUUUUAGCCGUGAUUAUAGGCAGCAACUUCUGAUAGCCUCUUAAAUAUAUAGUGAAGUUACAGACCUUUUUCCAGUCAUCACCAUUAAUUGUUUAAUUGGUGUUACAUGCAAAAAUGGAGUAUAAACGGUCUGUACUCUUUACAAUAUUGGCUUUUAUAGUGUUGCUUGUGAAUUGUGAUGAGUACUCUUCGUCGAAAGGGGCAUACAAUAGACGAGGUUCGCUUCCGAAGCCCUGUCCUUAUUGCAACACGCUUCCACCACCGAAACGGGGCAUGCCGGGAACCCAAUCAUGCUGUGAUAAUUCAUCUAAAGGAGUUGAAAGUGUUGAAUUAGUGAGACAGGGUGGGCGAGGUGUAUACGUUAGGCCUGGUACCAAAAACCCAAACAAUCCAGCAAUACCAGGAAGAUGCUGUCGCGGUGCCGUUCGGAACUACUUCAAGACGGACCAGUUUGAGAACAUCUUCUCGAAACGUAACUCCCUUGAGGUUGAGGACCAUGCAAAUAAGGGAUUUUGGGACUACCAGUCUUUUAUCACUGCCUCUGCUCUCUACCAGCCCUAUGGCUUCGGUACUACCUACAUGAAUUGGACGUUCUUUGGGACCAAGGAAGUUGCAGCUUUUCUCGCCCAUGUCGCCACCAAAAUCUCCUGUGGAAAUAAAUUGGCCACCAUGGAUCAAUUAGCAUGGGGUUCAUGCUAUAACAAGGAAAUGAAUUCCAAUUCGAAUUAUUGUGAUGAGCAUUACAAAAAAGCUUAUCCAUGUGCUCCUGGAGUUGCAUACUUUGGUCGUGGUGCUCUACCUAUUUAUUGGAACUACAAUUAUGGAAAAGCAAGUAAAGAUUUGAAGGUGGAUUUAUUAAACCAUCCAGAAUACAUUGAGCAAAAUGCUACCUUGGCCUUCCAAGUUGCGAUUUGGAGGUGGAUGAUGCCAAUUAAGAAUCAUCAGCCUUCAGCACAUGAUGUCUUUCUUGGCACCUGGACACCCACCAAAAAUGACACUCUAGCCAAGCGAGUUUCUGGAUUUGGUACUACCAUGAAUGUGCUUUACGGAGAUCUUGUUUGUGGUCAUGGUGAUAAUGAGUCCAUGAACAACAUUAUCUCCCAUUACCUAUAUUACCUUGAUCUUAUGGGUGUUGGCAGAGAAGAAGCUGGGCCUCAAGAAGUGCUUAGUUGUGCUAAGCAAGUUGCUUUCAAUCCAUCUUUUUCCUCAUCUCCUUGAGCUUUGUUUGGUUUUGAUGGAUAGUUUGCCCUUUGUUGAACUAAUCAUUUUUUUAAGGAGGUGCAUUUAUAAGGUUCUCUGAACCUAUCAAGUAACAAAAAGGAAAUGAUCAAACAUUAAGGGAGAGUAAUUGUAGAGUAAUUGUAUGUAUAAACUUUGUGUGUGUCUCCGUGUGAUGCUAUACUUGCUUGAAGGUCAAUAGUUUUUAUUUAGUGAUUUGUAACUGCAUUUUGCUAGUGUUGUGCGGUUAUUGCGAAUCUGAGAUAUAAUUUUUUUUUCAA